AUCUUCAAUUAUUUCCAUCCUGCAAUAAUUGUAGUGCUUGUUGGGUUUGUUUGAGUUGUUGAAGCACAGGGAGUAGCUGGGCUCUGAUCCAACGGCAGAGCGCAUCCUUCAGGACCAGCGUGAUUUGCGUGAUCAUCAGUGUAUCCCGCCCAUAUAAACAUCAUACCAACUUCACGCUCAAGUACUACAGUUCACAAGUACUGAACCAACACAAGAGAGAAAAAGAAGAAAGUGGAGAUGGAGUCGGCUGAGGACAACAGGCGGCUAAAACAGCCACUGGUAGAGAAUCAGCCACCGCCCCCGGUGGGUGAAGAGGUCAGCUCCGACCUGGAGCAGAUCCUCACCGAUGACGGGUUGACUUUUUCCACCCGAUACAAGAAAGCAACGUGGGUCGAGCUGAAGCUCCUCACCAGACUGGCGGCGCCCGCCAUCAUAGUCUACUUGCUUAACAAUCUCCUCAACAUGUCUACGCAGAUCUUCUGUGGCCAGCUCGGGAACCUGGAGCUCGCGGGUUCUGCUCUCGCUAAUAAUGGUAUCCAGCUCUUCGUCUAUGGAGUCAUGCUCGGAAUGGGGAGCGCAGUGGAAACCCUAUGUGGGCAGGCAUACGGUGCUCACAAGUAUGAAAUGCUUGGGAUAUAUCUGCAGAGAUCAACUAUCCUUCUGGUGGCCACAGGGAUUCCACUCCUGUUUCUAUACAUAUUCUCCAAGCCUCUCUUACUAUUGCUUGGCGAAUCAAGAGACGUUGCGGCUGCUGCGGCGUUGUUCGUCUACGGCCUAAUACCGCAGAUUUUUGCGUAUGCAGCUAAUUUUCCGAUACAGAAGUUCUUGCAAGCCCAAAGCAUUGUGAAUCCGAGCGCAUACAUAGCAGCAGGCACGUUGGUGGUUCACGUACUUCUUACCUGGAUUGCGGUGUAUAAGUUUUGGUGGGGACUGUUUGGUGCCGCAUUGGUGUUGAGUCUUUCGUGGUGGAUAAUUGUGGGGGCACAAUUUGUGUACAUUUUGAUGAGUCCAAAGUGCAAGAAAACAUGGACAGGAUUGAGUUGGAGGGCAUUUCAUGGGCUGUGGGAUUUCUUGAAAUUGUCUUCUGCCUCUGCUGUGAUGCUGUGCCUGGAGACUUGGUAUUUCCAGAUAUUGGUUCUGAUUGCUGGCAAUCUUCCUAAUCCUGCUGUUGCAUUGGACUCCCUCGCUAUUUGCUCUACAAUGCUUUCAUGGGUAUUCAUGAUAGCUGUGGGCUUCAAUGCAGCAGCAAGUGUAAGGGUUAGCAAUGAGCUGGGGGCCGGACAUCCCAGAUCGGCUGCAUUUUCAGUACUGGUCGUAACAGCUUCCUCUACCAUCAUAGCAAUAAUCUUUGCCAUCAUAAUAAUGUUGCUGCGCGAUAAAAUAAGUUACAUGUUCACCGGUGGUACAGUCGUUGCCGAGGCAGUCUCCGACCUUGCACCUAUCUUGGCAAUCUCUCUUGUGCUUAAUGGCAUUCAGCCUGUUCUCUCAGGUGUGGCUGUUGGGUGCGGAUGGCAAGCAUUUGUGGCAUAUGUUAAUGUUGGAAGUUAUUACUUCCUGGGUAUUCCAUUGGGCGCAGUUCUCGGCUUUGUCUUUAAACUUGGUGCCAAGGGAAUAUGGUCUGGAAUGCUGGGAGGCACAGCUUUGCAGACUAUAAUCUUGAUAUGGGUCACUGUCCGAACAGACUGGAAUAAGGAGGUGGAGAUAGCAAGAGGCAGAUUGAACAGAUGGGAGGACAAGAAAGAGACGGGCAUGCUGCAGAAUUCACAGAGCAAUUAGUUUUCUGGGAGAAUUUAAUUCACAGGACCACCCCCAUAUUUCAAUUUUGGCUUAUCUUCAUGCCUGUCUUAUUGUCAUCUCAUCAACUCUGCUUCUUUACACAUCUCAUUAGGGGUGUUCAUGGGUUUGAUUUUUUCAUACCUAUUUUCAAAUUGCAUUGCUUUUCAUGGUUUUA